CCUUCUUCUACCAGUGGGUGCUCGGAGGCCCAGUCGGGCCUCCCCACUCCGAGCCACAUACUGUCAGGUCCCUCGGCUCUUCAAGCACCGCCAGACUUUGUGCGCUAAGGGCGCGCAUGGCUGCGGUGGGACCGCGAACUGGCGCUGGCUCCGGGGCCGAGGCGUUGGCGCUGGCGGCAGAGCUGCAGGGCGAGGCCACAUGCUCUAUCUGCCUGGAGCUCUUCCGCGAGCCCGUGUCCGUUGAGUGCGGUCACAGCUUCUGCCGCGCCUGUAUCGCCCGCUGCUGGGAGCGUCCCAGCACAGGAACCACGGCGGUACCGCGCGCGCUGCCUUGUCCGCUGCCCUGCCCACAGUGCAGAGAACCCGUGCGUCCCGGCCAGCUGCGGCCCAACAGGCAGCUGGCCUCAGUGGCCACACUGCUGCGGCGCUUCAGCCUGCCUGCGGCCGCGCCAGGAGAACACUGGCCCCCGGAGGCGGCGGUGGCCGGGUGCGUACAGCAUGGCGAACCGCUCAAGCUCUACUGCCAGGACGACGGACGAGCCAUUUGCGUGGUGUGCGACCGCGCCCGCGAACACCGAGCGCACGCAGUGUUGCCGCUAGACGAGGCUGUGCAGGAAGCUAAGCGGUGUCUCCGUCACACCACAUUUCCUCUGCGCCCACUCUCAGCCCUUUCCCUGGGCGUGGCUCUGUGCAACGUCCCCACGUCCUGGGGCCAAACGGGACGACCUUCCCAAAAGGUUGAGGAACUCCUGGAGUCCAGGCUGAAGGUCUUGAGGAAGGAUCUGGAAGACUAUGAGGUGUUUCGUUCCACUGAAGAGAAGGAGAGCAAGGAGCUCCUGAAGCAGAUGGCAGCUGAGCGAGAGAAGGUGGGUGCAGAGUUCCAGGCACUGCGGGCCUUCCUGGUGGAACAGGAGGGCCGACUUCUGGGCCGCCUGGAGGAGCUGUCACGGGAGGUGACACAGAAGCAGAAUGAGAACAUAGCUCAGCUCGAGGGUGAAAUCACCCAGCUCUCCAAGCUCAGCAGCCAGAUUCAGGAGACAUCUCGAAAGCCUGAUCUAGACUUUCUCCAGGAAUUCAAAAACACACUAAGCAGAUGCAGCAAUGUGCCUGGCCCCAAGCCAACCACAGUCUCUUCUGAGAUGAAGAAUAAAGUCUGGAAUGUUUCCCUCAAGACCUUUGUCUUAAAGGGGCUGCUCAAGAAGUUCAAAGAGGAUCUUCGGGGAGAGCUAGAGAAAGAAGAGAAAGUGGAGCUGACCUUGGAUCCCGACACUGCCAACCCCCGCCUCAUCCUCUCUCUGGACCUUAAGAGCGUACGCCUGGGACAGCGGGCGCAGGACUUGCCGUGCCACCCACGCCGCUUUGACACCAACACGCGAGUCCUGGCGUCCUGCGGCUUCUCCUCUGGGCGGCACCACUGGGAGGUGGAAGUGGGCUCCAAGGACGGCUGGGCCUUCGGCGUGGCGCGAGAAAGCGUGCGCCGCAAGGGCCUCACGCCCUUCACCCCUGAGGAGGGCGUCUGGGCGCUGCAGCUCAACAGCGGGAAGUACUGGGCGGUCACUAGCCCGGAACGGACGCCCCUCAGCUGUGGCCACCUGUCCCGCGUGCGGGUGGCCCUGGAUCUGGAGGUGGGGGCCGUGUCCUUCUUCGCCGUGGAGGACAUGCGCCAUCUCUACACCUUCCGCGUCAACUUCCACGAGCGCGUGUUCCCCCUUUUCUCCGUCUGCUCCACUGGCACCUACUUGCGAAUCUGGCCAUGAGAGUCUUUGUCUGGCUUCCCAGAGAGGGUGAAAUCAUUCGAGGGUGAAUGCCUCUCCCUCCUGGCUGCCCAUGGGAAGCAAUGUUGCGCUCCGUUGGAGCCUCCUGGUUACUGUGGGCCUACCCUCCAGACUGGCCCCAGCUCCUGCAGACCACAACAUUGGAGAGAACAAGUGAUUGUGGAAAAGUCUUCCGUGGUCAGCUGAGCGGGGAAGGAGAUGCCUUGGACCUGUGGCGCCAUCCUCUGCCUGUUGUUGACAUGUGGAUUUAGCCUGAGCUGUGAGGACUUGGAGGUGGGUGAAGACAGGAGUCCAGCUAUUGACAGAGCUGUUUACCAUCACUGGGGCUUACUACCUGGACUUAGCAGGGCCUCUGGUUCUGAAGCAAUACCAAGUCUAGUGCUGUCUCAGGCAUAAGGGGGAAAAUUCAAGCCCAGCCAGCCAGGUUCAUGACCACUUCUGCUUCGCCUUCUUGUCAGCUGCCAGCCCUUCCUUUAGACACCUGGAUCCAGCGGAGCUGAGGUCAUUUACUCAGGGAGGAGUACUGUACUCUCAGGUCAGAGAACAGCCUGGGACAGAACUGGAAGGAGAUUCUUGACCUGUACGUGAAAGGAAAGCCCAAGACAAUGGCAUUUGUCAUGGCUACCUUCCAAUACCCCUUAAUGUUGAUACAGAUACAGAGUGAUACAUACAUCCUCUGCCACAGUGACAGCCAUGUGUUCUCACACAUGCCUAAACCCCUUUCAAAUGCCAAAAUAUAGUCUCCCUUGAGUUAGAAGACCAAAGGAUAUGGAAUUUUGAAACAUGAUACAGCACUUAUAAUUUUACAUAUGCAACUAACAUCAGCAUGGGAAUGCACAGAGCACAAACAUGCCCCUGACAUACCCUUUCUGGAACUUGCCAAAUGUGUGCCAACAGCAGAGAACCCUGGUGCCAAGGUCUGCUCAGCCUGUGCCCUGGUGGGGUGUAAUUCCCUUGGCUAAUUGUUCCCCAGCUUCUUUUUGGGAGGCUCUUGGGAGGCAGUUGUGGGCAAUUUCCUGUUUAGUUCUCCCCAGGGAAGGGGGAUGAGGAGAUGGAAAUACAAUCUCUGAGCUCA